CAUUAUCUGGGCCCUGGCAUCGUUCCGCAGCACGAAUAAAUAGCGCAUUCCGCCCCAAUGCGCAGUUCCGUGGCGGCCUGCACCACAGCUCAGCCCGGGAGGGCGUGUCUGCAGCGCGGAGGGGCCAGACCACGGCCGCGACUGCCGGCAGCGCCGGCAGCGUCCGGCCAGCUGCAGCCAGCAAGGCAGCGGCGGCGGCAGCGGGCGGCGGCGGCACCAGUGGUGGCGGCGGCUGCCGUCGAGGCCCCCGCGAGCAGCAAGGCCCCCAUCGACAUAGAGUACGAUGCCGUCAUCAUCGGCAGCGGCAUGGGGGGGCUGUCUACGGCGGCGCAGAUGGCGGCCAAGGGCGCAAAGGUGGUGGUGCUGGAGAAGUACAUCAUCCCCGGCGGCUCCGCCGCCCACUUUGACCGCCAGGGCUUCACCUUUGACGUCGGCUCCUCAAUGAUGUUUGGGUUCGGGGACAAGGGCACCACCAACCUGAUGACGCGCGCGCUGGCGGCGGUUGGCAAGCGGCUGGAGACGGUGCCGGACCCCACACAAAUCCACUACCACCUGCCGCCGGGGCCCCGACACCCGCAGGGCUGGCAGGUCAAGGUGUGGCGGGAAUAUGAGCGGUUCAUCGAGGAGCUGACUUCCAAGUUUCCAGAGGAGCGGGAUGGCAUCCGGCAGCUGUACGAUGAGUUCUGGAAGGUCUUCAACGCCCUCAACACCCUGGAGCUUAAGUCCCUGGAGGAACCGCGGUACCUGCUGGAGCAGUUUGGGCGCCACCCGCUGGCCUGCCUCACCCUGGCCUCCUUUGUGGCCACCAACACGGGGGACGUGGCGCGGCGCUGCAUCCGGGACCCCGAGCUGCUGCGGUUUGUGGACCUCGAGUGCUUCCUUUGGAGCACCGUCAGCGCCGACCUCACGCCCCUCAUCAACGCGGGCAUGGUCUUCUGCGACCGACACUUUGGGGGCAUCAACUACCCGGUGGGGGGCGUGGGCAGGAUCCCCGAGGCCAUGGCCGACGGCAUCCGGGAGCUGGGGAGCUACGUGGAGUACAAGGCCAACGUCAAGGAGAUUGUGCUGGAGGGCAGCGGCGAGGACGCGCGGGCGGUGGGCGUGCGGCUAGCAGACGGCAGGGUCUUCAGGGGCAAGACGGUGGUGAGCAAUGCCACGCGGUGGGACACCUUUGAGGGGAUGAUCGGGGAGGAGAAGCUGCCAGAGUCGGAGAAGCUGUUCCGCACGCGGUACAAGAAGGCCCCCUCCUUCCUCUCCAUCCACAUCGGCCUCAAGGCAGAUGUGCUGCCGCCCGGCUCGGAGUGCCACCAGAUCAUUGUUGAGGACUGGGAGAAGAUGGAGGACCCCUAUGGCACCCUGUUUGUCUCCAUCCCAUCCCUGCUGGACCCCUCGCUGUGCCCCGAGGGCACCCACACCUUCCAUUCCUUCACCCCCGACUGGAUUGACAAUUGGAGCGGGCUGGAGCGGGCGGACUACGAGAGGAAGAAGGAGGAGGUGGCAGAUGCCAUCGUGGCCCGCCUGGAGAGGGUUUUCCCGGGGCUCACAGCGGGCACGCUGUUCAGGGAGGUGGGCACCCCGCGCACGCACCGCCGCUUCCUCAACCGCGCCGACGGCAGCUACGGCCCCAUCCCGUCGCGCCGCCCGCUGGGCAUGCUGUCCAUGCCCUUCAACCGCACCGCGGUACGGGGGCUGUACUGCGUGGGCGACUCCACCUUCCCGGGCCAGGGCGUGAACGCAGUCGUGUUCUCCGGCUUUGGCUGCGCGCACCGCGUGCUGUGCGACCUGGGCAGGCAGCCCACGCUGCCGGGGAUCGACGAGGGGUACAACGCGCUGCUGGCGGCGGUGCGCGACCGCGCCUGA